AUCGAGGUCGGCCGGCUAGUGGCGGAACGGGCCGAGCUGCGGCGGAAAUUGCCGGACCGCGGCGAAUAGCCACGAGCAAGACCCGUUGCGCGGUUUGCCUCGUUGCAGGCGCACAGUGCAACCGCCGGUAGAAGCAGCCUCGCAGUCGCUGCUCGGCGAUGUUUCAGCUGAGCUGAGCGCACGAGGAACGCUCGUGUCGCCGGCGCUGGCGUUCGUCUCUCUUCUCGUGCUUUUUCCGCUCGUUUCUCGGCUCCUUUCCAUUCACCUUCACGCGCACGUCCCCGAUUAACCCCGUGGACACCGGGCUCUGGCGCGAUCCACCAUCGAACGAAACCACCGACCACGACCAAAAAGAGAGAAUUUGUAAUGUUUCAACAUGAAAUUGAAACGAGGCAACAUGCAUACCAACUUUGUGAAGACAUUUUUUAACGUUAGGAAAAUAUAAUUAGAUCGAAGAUGAUCGAAAGAACGUAGCAGAUAAUCAAUCAUGCCGGUGGUGCCAGCUUUAGCCGAGGGUGCUGGCCAACUGGAGGACCUUGACGAACCUCCAGAGCCUCGUGUUCGCGGAGGAAGCGGAAGAGCCAGCCUGAUGAAACCCCUGGUUGUUCUCGCGCUUCCUGGCAUGUAUCUCUUCUACAAGUACAGCCAAUAUAGAAGGGAACAACGCGAACUGUCUCGAAGGCGGGUCACCGAAAGGGAGCUUCAGCAUCUUCAUCAUAAGAUCGACAAACUAUUGACGAAGCUGGAAAAGAACGAACCGGAGUUAGCGUCCUCUCAGGAAGACGAGUGCGUGAUCUGUGUGAAUGCCAGGGCCACGAUGCAAACUGCUCCCUGUGGCCAUCGGGUUGUUUGCAGACGUUGCUUCGUCAAAACGAUACAAAUGGCAGUGUCACAGAGACUUUUACCACUGAGAUGCGUCAUAUGCAGAGCAAAGAUACUACGUCUGAAACAAACUCUCAUCCCUCGGGACUACUCGAUGUCUGGAAAGUCUUGGGUUCUGCCACAAAGCGCGUCAGAGUAUAACAUGGGGACAGGAGUGCCAGUGGGAGUGACUGGACCUGGCGGUAGAUGGGUCGCCGGAAAUGUGCCAGCCUCCGCCUCUUUGUACUCUAUGGCCAGUGGUUCAUCCUCUAUUUCCGGAGUGUCUUCCGUAUCUUCUUCGAGUUCGUCUUCUGCAAGUAGCACUGGAAGCUCUAACCUUGGAAAACCUACGAGGGUGAGGCAACCUUCUGGCGCGACUCUGAGACGCUCGCAGACGCAAUCCAUGAAAAUGAGAAUUCAGGAGUAUCAAGAUCCGAUUCAGCAGGUCGUGGAAGAGGAAGAAGUGAUGAGGGAAAAUCGGGAUCGCAGGUUGCCGCCGAUCAAGGAAUUCCAGAGGGACUAUCGUGCAGGAAAAGCAUCCACUAGAAUAAGAUGUGCUCAAAAAAUCGUGACUCAAUUGGAAACGUCGCCGACCCCGAGAGAUUCGAACAACGUGAACAGCUCGACGUCCUCAUCAUCGACGAAGUCCACGUCGAAGAGGCCUCAGUCAGCUCCGAAGCUGUCGGUGGUUCAGGAGAUUCAGAAGUCGAAGAAGGAGAAGGAGAGGGAGAAGGAGCGGGAGAAAGCGGAGAAGGCUCGUCAGAAAGAGGAAGAAAAGGCAGAGAAGACUAGACAGAAGGAGGCCAAGAAAUUGGCCAAGGAGGAGAAGAAAAGAGCGAAGAAGGAGGCGAAAGCAAGGCGAAAGGAGGCCGAGGAAGCCCUCCUUAGAGAGUAAAAGUAGUCUUCGAGUCGAAUAGGAACGACAAGUAGAAGUUCACAACGAUCAAUAGAGUAUUCGAAAAUCCUCAACAUAGGAUUUUCAAUGCAAUUGAUCUUGAUCGCGCUCGGGGCCCGUUCAAGCUGUAUCGCGAACGCGAUAGUUAUUAAAAAAGAAAAAAUGAAAUCAAAGGAUUCACGAGCAUUUUGUAAUUCUUAGAGUCUAGUUAGUGUUCUUCUCGAGGCACGUGCGAUCUCUUUCGAUUCUUUGAGAUUGAAGAGUGUACGGUGUCGCCAACGAUAGCGUUUCAUUCCGGGGAGGAAGGGUCUAUUUAUCGACUAUAUUAAUCGCUUUAUUUGACAAACAAUUAGGAUAAGGCGUUUUAACAUUUUAUAAAAAGACGCGAGACGUAGGUGUGGCUUUCGCGAGGCAGCUUGAACCAAAGGCAAUCCCGAGGGACGCGAGGAACGUAUAGCGGCGAUAUAGAGACGUAUAUCUAAGAUAACCUAGAAGCGGCCAAACUUAGUAACCUGUCAUAUCGAGUUAUCGCGGACUAAUAAUACUAAUCGAUAGGAAGACUCGAGAAAAGCGUAGCGCUACGUUGCUAUUAUUUGAUUAUCGCGUAAUCUUUACCCUUUAUCCUGGGCGUUUCCUUUUUGUAGGAACAGUAACCUCGUGACGUUUUGUCGUUACUUUUUUUAUAGGAUCAUCCAUCGAAUCAUUCUCAUCGAUCUGACUAAACGUAACUUGAAUCGUCGGUCGUUUUAGCGGUUAACGAACACACCGAUCCGAGACCUAUUUUUCGACUCCGCUUCACGGACAAUACUUUGAGAAAACGUAGUUUAAUUCGCAUUUAAAUCUCCCCUUUGUCACAUUCUAAGAAAAAAAAAAAAAAAGAAAGAAAAAAGAGACACGUAAGACAAUUCUUCAUCAGUAGACUACGGAUGUUUAUGAAUUUAUGAAAAAUUUGCAAAGUGCAAGAAUGUACAGAGUACACUUUAUAUGCAGAAAUAUAUAAAGUACAACAUAAAACAAAAAAGUACUCUUUGUAAUAUUCCGUAGGAUUAGAAAGACCAGUUUUUUAAUUAUGUUUGUAAAAAUACGAAAUAAACAUCCGCAGUUUGCUCGUUAGCAAUCUCCGAUCAUUCGAUCAUGAAAUUGAUAAUCCUGUUCCUCCAAUCGAUUUGUAGUAAUCAUCGUUAGUUCGUUAGAAACUUUAACAUUUCCUGUUUCUGUUCUUCAUCCCUGAAACUACCCUAAAAGAAAGAACAAAAACACGAAAACAUGCUAAAAUUUGGGAUAAUUGAAUGCGAAAAAAUUCCCGCGGUAUUUCAUCUAGUACUGAUUAAAAGUACUAAUUUCGACAGCUAAAGAGAUACAUAUGUACGUUCUUUUUCACUUUCAUCCCUGCCGAUUGAAUUAUUUCACCCUUUUCUUCGCGCACAUGUGCGUGCGUGUAUGUAUAUGUGUGUGUGCGCGCGUGUGCGUGUAUGUGUACAUAUUCGCGAGACGAGUACUCGUUUCACUUCGGGGGAGACGAACAAUUUGCGUAAAUACACUACGAUAAGCCUAAGCGAGGGUUCGACUAAUCGAAGAACACGCGAAAGUGUGUCUACGACGGGAUAGUAAAAAGAAAAAAAUAAAGAAAAUGAAAAAAAUAAUGAUAGUACAAUACCGAUAGAUAGAAAUGACGAAAGCAGAGUUUCGAGUGCAGUGCGUGCCUCGUUUAUCGACUUUUCGUGAUUACCGUAGAUGCGUAGCGUUUUAUCGAUUCAUUUAAUCCUCUUCUCUCUCUCGAGAUGCGGCUCGAGAAGCUUAAUUAAUCGAUGAACUAUAACUUACAAAACUAUUACCCUUCGUCACGUUACACUAGACGCUAUUUCAGAGAUCCCCUUUUACCCUUGUAACCCUUUCACUGGGCGGAGGCAAGGUAAUUACUCGUUUCACAAUAACCAGUCGUGUGUGAUGAUGUUUGUCCAUGUAAAUUCGAGAACUUGUUGGAUAUUAUUCUCUAACUUGUAUUAAAAACAGCUUUGACUAAAUUCAAAUAAGAAGCUAAGAAUUUGUGAUUUUAUCCGAAGGUUAGAGCUUCAGUCAAAGGGUUACGGAGAAGAAAGACAUACAACAAAGAGAGAGAGAAAGAGAGAGAGAAAAAGAGUAACUGUAUACAUAUUAAAUAUUAUACGUAAUGUCCUACUAUUCCCAGAUAAGAAGAACGAAAGAAGGAGAGAAAGUAGGUUGAAUAUCACGAGUAUACGAUUCACGGUUACGAGACUAAUCCGCGAUUAAACCUCUUUGAAACUGUUCUCGCCCUCUGCCCCUUGCCCCCAUACUUUUUCAACCCCUCGGUUCGAUGAGCGAUACUGGAUAAAAUGAUGCUCGGGGUAGAAUUAAUAAUAUUUGAAUCGAUAUUCUAUAUUAUUAUUAGACAAGAUGGCACUUCGUCCUUGCUACGAGAUCGGUUACUUGGAAUUUCGAGUUUUCGUUUUAGUCUCACGAUGAUUGGAAAACAAGCCAGCAUCGCUCUGGAGCCAGCUCAAGCAGCCAAAAAUCAAAAGCAAUUUUUUACAGCGCGCGACAAUGAUUUACAAAAAAAAAAAAAAGAAAAACAACGCGAUAUCAAAAAUAUACGAAAAUGAAGAAGCGAAGCGUGCAGAUGUGAGAAUCUUAAAGAACAAAGAGAACAAGGGUUGCAGACAUUUAUUAUUAGUAGAUGAUAAUCUCUGGAAAAGAAGAGAUUUGUCGAUUCAUUUUUCCGAUACGAAUUCGUUUAUAAAUUACACCCUACUUCGUUCUUCUUGUGUGAUUUUGUUACGCAUGAAACGUGCGUUGAAAUGUUGUUCGUCCUCCUCCAACUUGACCUAAUUUAUGCACUGCCGGUAAUUUUUAUUUCUUAACGAUCGAACUUGCGAGGGAAAAGUGACUGUUAUCAAAGGGCGUGUUCCCAGGAGCGAUCAUUCGUGGAAUUCGAACCAGUUUAGUCGACCGUUAUCUUUUCUAUAAAAAAAAAUCGAUCACGUUCGACGAGGAGAGGGAAUCGCCUCGUUCCGAUCAGAUCAUUUUCAUUCCCUUUCUUUUCCUUUAUCUUUCUUUCGUCUUGCGUAGGUAAGGUUUUUCUCACAGAGCAAACAAACGGUCUCUCGAGAAAGUCUCCAGUUUUCCUCUGUUCGAACGAGCUCGUGCAAGACUCGCGUACAGACGAAUCUCGACGAGAAUCAAACUGCGUCCUCUCUGUAGCGAUAACGAGGAGGAAUCUUUUGUUGCCUGUUGUUGGUGAACUUUUAAACGGUAAACCUAUUCUAUGAAUAUCAAUAGCAACAUUUUAUCCACACCGAAGCACGGGAAUAUUUUAGUUUCAUUUCAAUUUCAAUACAUCGUAAAGCGAACCACAAAUUGUACACAAUUCCUUUGUAAAGAAAUUCCUGUUUCUUAUUUUUCUUUGAUCUUUACCAUUUCGAGUAGAAACAGGCAACAGCAAGCAUCUUCUGUUACCCGCAACAGAAGCGAAGAAAUGUGGAAAACAUCUCGAGAAACGUGGAACGUUAAAUAUAGAAUUGUUUUUCGCUGUUGCUUCAGCGAAGAUGCAGAGACUCUCCUUUGAUUUAAUCGCGACGCAUUCGAUGGAAUGUGAUGAAGAAACUCGACAGACGAUCUUUAUUGUAUCCGAGAAAAACAUCGCGCACAUAUCAGUAGUGAUUAAUGCAAUUUUACUUGGCGUCUUUGCUCGAACUUCAAAUGUCGAAUCGUCUGGUUAACAUGUUGACUGCUGAUGAUGCCACGUUGGCGUCACGCGCAAAUUAUUUUCAAUUGGCGUCGGAAAGCGGUGGAUGAGUUUCAAGAAAAAAAUUUCAGUCGCUAUAAAGGGCAGUUAAUGUGUUAAAAACCCAGCGAAAGGUCGGAUCUUUAUCGUCAGGCUGCGAACAGUGGAGUUUAACAACGUCGAAGACGCUGCCAAUUAGCGUGUAACGUAGACUGUCAAUUAUUACCUGUUACAUCGGUUUCAUCCGUAAACGAGUCUCGAGCAUUUUGGAGAACAAGCACAUCGUGUGGUCGACGAAUUCUCUGAGUAACCACUCGAGCGCCACUCGAACUCUGUUAAGCAGAAGCACGCUUCUUUAGGGUUCAAUGGAGAAGUGUCAAGACUACACUGCGGAUUUUUAUGUGUCUAUGCGAAAUUUAAACGUGCAAAAAUACAUAGAAUAAAUAUUUUAAUUUAUCAUAAAUAUUUCAACCACUUAACGCACAUGACAUAUGAGAACAUGGAUUUAAAAGCUACGAUUAUCUUAUAUGUGCAUUAAAAAAUUGAAAAAAAAUACAUAUAUAUCUCAUAAAAUAUAUAAUAUCCAUUUGCAAUGAAAAAUUGUGCGUUAAGGAAUCAAGUAUUUUAAAUUCUUAUAAAAGUUAUCCAAAAGUGACAUCGAUCAGUCCCAUAAACUGAAAAGUAUUGGGAAACGAUGAUAUUAUAAAUACUGUUUUUUUUAAAUUUACUUUAGAAUUUAGCGUGGUUUGUAUUAUUUUCUUGCCAUAGAUGAAUUAUAGAAGUAACUCAUUCGAAUUUGGAGAGUAACUCAUUUCUCGAGAAUUCAAUGUUAAUCGUCUACGUAUGCGUCGAAAGAAAUUAACGAGAAGCGAAGUUGAUCACUUUGGCAUUCCUGCUCAAUUCUCGUCUCUAAUUAAGUUCAUAAAACAUAUAAAUUGACAUAAAAAUCCGCGGUUUAACCGAGAGAAUCUUCACGCGUUCACACCACGGAUCGUUUCAUUGCGUUCGCGAGACUUUCUCGAAUCGAAUAACGAAAAGAAGUGAUGGACAAGCAACAGAAAGAAGACGAGGAAGAUGAAAGUGUCGAGGAAGAGUGAUUGAGUAGAAGAGAUCGCAGAAACAAAGAGAAGGAAAGGAAGAGAGUGCGUGCGUGAGAGAGUGUGUGUGUUUUCUGCCAUCGUAAAGUCAAUUUUAUCGUGUACGUAUGUAUAUGUAUCGUCUGAAAUGCGCGCGCGCGCAUCCAAUAAAGCGGACGCUGCAGGUAGGAUAUUUUUGCUGAGAUUCAGCGGACGAUUCUCCGGUAUACGUGGCCUGAAACUCGAAACAGACGAGAAACGAGGAAAGAAUAGAAUAGACGUUAAUACUGAUCGCCGAAGUCCAGCAAUUUUAUUAUUGCCAUAGUUUGAUCGUAGAAGAUUAAGUGUCUUACGAUCUGACUAUAAUUUGGACUUCUAGCGUCUGAUGUGUUUGUAUAAGAUUUUGGUCCUUAGUUUUGUGAUCACGAAUUCUACGUCUUACUCGAUCCACUGAUCUGAAAGCAAAACGACCGGAAAAUACGAUGCACAGAUAAUGAUUCGCUAGCCUUGAUCAGUGAUACGAUCGAUGCUGUAUAAGGAAUGAAGAAACAAACUAGACGAGUUUAACAUCCUUUGGCAGUGUGAUGAAAUGACAAGAAAUUGAUAAUGAACGAUUAUAAUAAGCAAUUAUUUCUUUAUCGUCAAGAUCUUUUGGAAUUCAUUACUUUGGAUGGAUUGAACCUUUUAAUAACACGAUAGUUUAACGAAACAUUCAGAACGAGCGAUUUAAGAAAUAAUUACACAUUUGUUUAUCGUCAAGAUUCCUUGCAUUUAUAGAACCAGAUACAAACACUUCUUACGAGAAACAAAUAUUAACAAUUGCAUUAAUAAGUAUAUUUAACGUGUAAAAUUUGCAGUACCAUAUUUCAUAGUAUUUAAUGGCCUCUCUUAUGUUACACUGUGAAAGGCUUCAGCUACGAGAGUUCAUCACGCAUGAAUGAACGAAAGAAUCAUCUGAAAGAAAAAGGAGAGCAAACUAAAAUACCUAGAGACACGAAAAUUGUUGGCAAUAAUAUUCAACUUAAAAAACUUAAAAUAAGGAAGCAGGGAAAGGGAAAGUGAGACGAGAGAGACGAAUCGUGCGGCGUCUGUAGUCGAUACAGCGUGACGUGCAUGUAUCGCGUUCAAUGCGUACAGAGGACAACUUUAUUGUACUUUAUCGUGUAAGAGAGAUUUGUAGAGAGUUUAUAUUAGGCCAAUUGUCACAGCGAGAGUUCUACGAUAGCGAUGUUCUUUCUUCAACAGUCGUGGCCAACUAUUCAAAAUCGUUCCCAAUCGAAAUGAAAUGCCGUUUUGCUUCGCGUCUGAUCUACCGUUUUAAUUAGCUCGUAUUAUUCUCUUUCCCCCCUACCCUCCCCCUAGUUUUAUCCACGAAGCUUGCGAUCGAUUGACGCUCAAUAAUCGACGAGAAAAAUUGGAGAAAUAGCAUCACGUGGACGAAGCAAAGUGCUAAAAGUGACGCAGCGACCUCGAGCAGCCCAAAUAGUUGGCCACACCUACAGCCACAAGAGAUCAUGUCGCGUUCCAGCGUAAUACUCGCGUAACAAUUGCCUCGACGAGAUGAAUUCGUAUUCGUAUGGCCAUUAAGACCAUCAAAGGAUACCUCAAAUGUCAGUUAAGAACGUAUACACGUAGUAAUAAUUUUCGUUCGUUUUCAAGAUACCUGUUCUUGGCCAAAGAUAGAUUAAUAGAACUGUGUUUAGUAUCAAUUUAGAGUAAACGUGAUUCGUUUAUCUAAUAGGUGAUUUUCUAUUAUUUUAUUUAUUUUAUUUGGAAGGAUUCAUCACAACAAGAAGCUGGUUCCUUGUGUUGAAAAAUCAAAAUUUACAGACUUAUAUAACUAAUUACAAUAAGAGGUUGAUUAGAAUAAUAAUAUUAGAAUAAUAAUAAAUAAAACGCAAUGGAACUUUGCUUCUUGGUGAAUCAUUUAAUGGAUAUCGUUUUGAACGCGUGAAGACUUGGAUAGAGCGAGGUUCGAUAAUUAGAUUCGUAGAUUGUCUGGUUUCUUUUUUACUGUGCGUUUUUUAAGUAGAAUCAGACGUCGAGCUAAGAGAGACGAAAAGAGCGUGGACAGACAUUUUGGAAUGGUAGAUUUUAUCGAUUCUAUUUUUCCUAGUUUCGUUGAGACACGCGAGAAGAGGUGGAAGAUAGUUCUACAAGGAUUGUAUUACGCGACGUGUUACGAUCUGUACGAAUAGACGACGAAUAUGAACAAAAAUCAAAUAAAACGUUACAGUGAAUGUUAGCUAA